GAGGCUGGUGCCAUGGCGACUCCCGUGGCCAAGCAGCUCGAAACGGUCCGCGCGUAUGAGACGGGCAACGAUAUCCGGCAGAUGGUGGCCACUUCAGAAGGUGGCCGAGCAUACAAACUCCUCAAGAGGCGAGAAGAAACCCGUGCCGCCGCCGAAGCGGAAAAGGCGAACAUUGAAAACGAAUCCAAGAAGCGAAAGCAGAUUGCCAACAUUGCGGACAAAUAUUCUUCGGCAAGUUUGGCGGAAGAUUUAGAGGAAGAGUUCAAGAGACAAACAGUUGGCCUAGUCUCUGCCGACGAGUUCCGUGCCAAGCGUCAGGCCAUUGAUGACAUGAUCCAAGCAACCCAGCAAGCUGAAAAGGACAAGAAGUCUUUGCGCGUGAAGCGUACCGUGAAGUCUGCGCAGUUAUCCUUCGAGGCGGACGACAUCGCUGGGAGCGAUGAUGACGCAGAAGACGAGGACUCCGAGGACGAUGAGCUGAAGAUGAAGAAGAAGAGGUUCGGCAAAGACCCGACCGCAAAGACUGACUUCUUGUACGACGCUGAUCGCGAAGCCGACUUGCUCCGAAAGAAGAAGGAACUCAUCGUCCAGUACAAGAAGGAGCAGGAAGAGUUGAAGAAGACCAAGUUGGAGGUGACCUACUCUUACUGGGACGGGUCCGGUCAUCGCCGAAAUUGCGUGGUGGAGAGAGGCUUCACGAUUGGGCAAUUCCUUCAGAAGGCCAAAGCGGAGCUGGAAAAGUCCGACUUCCCGGAGCUCCGCACCGUGGGGUCUGACACACUCAUGUAUGUGAAGGAAGACCUCAUCAUUCCUCACAAUGUGAGCUUCUACGACUUGAUCAAGGAGAAGGCUCGUGGAAAGUCUGGGCCCCUCUUUCACUUCGACGUCCAUGAGGACAUUCGUAUGUCCAACGAUUCCCGCAUCGAGAAGGAUGAGAGUCAUGCAGGGAAAAUCGUGGACCGAAAGUGGUACGAGCGAAAUAAGCACGUGUUUCCUGCCAGCCGGUGGGAGAUGUACUCCAAGGACAAGACCUAUGAGCAGUACACCGUGCAUGGAAACACCGACCAUUCCACUCAGCUGAAUGUGAACGGCGGUGUCUUCAAGUGAGAGACGAUUUACCCUCUGGUAAACUAACAUAACUAUGGAAAAU